AUGAGUAGCUACUCACCAGGCAUACCGACCUCCUUCGACCCUGCACUACUACAUUCCGAAUUCGAACUCCUCGAUAACGCGCCCACUUCGCUCUCCCAUUCCGACGAACUCGACGCAUUGCAACAGUGCAUUACCGAAGACACAGUAAAGAAGAACCGUGCAGGCGUCGUCAUACAACAUCGCGCCUGGAACGUUGCAGAUAUCUUCAGAAGCGAAGGAGAAGGUCCAGCUGACACACCUGCGAAGCGCCACAAGCAGUCGCCAGCCAAGCGCUUUCCCACCGACUCUUCGAUUGAAGCUACGGCCUUCCCUUCCUCGCCCCCGGUCUACACAAUGCCGCUCAUUUCGUCACCUAUCGCAUACCCGCCUAGCUCGUCGAUGCCACAGGCGCCGUCACCGAAGAAAAGGAAGCGUCCAGAAGAUGCACGAGAGCCGCUGAAGGAUGUGCCAAACAACAACACAACACGCAAGAUUGGAGGCUUCCUGGACGACUCCGACGACGAAGAAGACAUUGCAGCGCUCAAGGAACACACGCUGAAGAGAAGAGCAGUGAGCAGCAUCAAGGAUCUUCCGGCUGUCCCAGAAGGCUUAAGAGACUAUACACCACCUGCGAGCCAGGAUGAAUCCGCCGACCCCGAAUCCAUACCGGUAGACGACCUCGACAAUUACAGCUUCAAGUCUAGAUCACAGUCACCAGUAAAGCGACCACAGACGCUACGAGAGUCAACUUUAGCGCAGCACACGCGUGGCACCGUAGCCCGUAAUGCUUCAGGGAAGGUUUUUCAUAUAAGCAAGAAGGCCGCACACGAAAACCAGUCGUAUGAAGAAAUUAUUGCAGCACGGUCGGAACCCGUGGAAGGCAAGGCAAGAACGAGUUACUAUGGUCUGAAUAUCCACCAACUCAUGGACGAGGCGAAAGCGCUUGAUCAAGAAAAGAUCGCGAAUGCGUCUCUGAAGACUCAUGAGCAACCACAUCCGUCGAUCGAGCAGCCAAUUGCCAGAACCGCAAAGACCAAUCGCACACUCAUGUGGACUGAAAAGUAUCGAGCAAAGAAGUUCACAGACUUAGUAGGAGAUGAGCGUACACACCGAUCAGUGUUGCGUUGGUUGAAGGCGUGGGACCCGAUCGUAUUUCCUGGCUCCAGCAAAACGAAGCCCAAAAAAGCAAAGAACGGAUUCGAAGACGACGAACAGAGACACCGCAAGAUAUUAUUACUGACCGGACCGCCUGGACUCGGAAAGACUACGCUAGCUCAUGUUUGCGCUCGUCAGGCCGGUUACGAAGUCCAGGAGAUCAACGCUUCAGAUGAGCGCAGCGGAGCUGUUGUCAAGGGCCGCAUCCGGGAUAUGGUUGGGACUGAGAAUGUGCGUGGGGUCAAUACUAGUACUGUGGAUGGAAAGGUGCGCAAGGCUGGGAAACCAGUAUGCGUUGUAGUGGAUGAAGUGGACGGAGUUGUUGGUAGUGGAGGCUCAGGCGAAGGCGGUUUCGUCAAAGCUCUAAUCGACUUGAUCAAUCUCGACGAGCGCAACACGAAAGCACUAGGGCAGCACCAAUCCAGUACCGGUACCAAAAAGAGGAAAGGAGACAAAUUCCGACUCUUGCGACCCCUCAUCCUAAUCUGUAAUGACCUCUAUCACCCCUCGCUACGGCCGCUACGACAGUCUUCGAUGGCUGAGAUUGUACACAUCCGCAAACCCGCCCUCAACAUGGUUGUUUCGCGCAUGCAAGAGAUCUUCGGAAAAGAGGACAUUCAGUGCGAUUCAGACGGUGUGCGCCGCCUCUGCGAAGCUACAUGGGGUGUCAGCACGAAGAAAGAGGGCGGAACAGGCAGCGGGACCGGUGAAGGAGACAUUCGUGGAGUCAUGGUAGUCAGCGAGUGGAUAGCAGCUCGCUUACGGUCAUCGCAUGAUAUCAAGUCAAAGGAGAGGCCUCAUCUAUCGCGGAAGUGGAUAGAAGACAACCUAGUUGGUGACCUGCGCCACGGUGGUGGAGCUGCUCGAAGCCUAGGAAGAGGUGGCGCAAAGGAUGUUGUUGAUCGUGUAUUCCGUGAGGGUGCUGGCUUUCCAAAGCAAGCUGAAACGACAGAUGCGAAAUCGGCAGCUGCGCGGGCCAAGAGCGGCGUCAUCGGUGUCGCUGAAGCAGGCAAACGACGUGCUAUGGAUCGCCUGAGGGAGAUGGUCGACACAAGUGGAGACUGCGACCGCAUCGUGACAGAUUGCUUCACUGCUUAUCCUGAAAAGCCGUUCCAAGACGAUACCCUCCUGAGCAAGCCAUCUGCUGCAUAUGAAUGGCUGUAUUUCCAUGACACACUCAACUCAGCAGUUCACGGUUCUCAAGAAUGGGAAUUGGCACCAUACCUGUCUAAUUCUGUUCUCGCCUUGCAUGACCUCUUCGCAUCGCCCAUUCGAUCAUCUGUAAAUCCUAUAGCAGACCCAGAUGCACAGCCAACGCCGUUCUCUGGACCUGGUGCAAGCUUUGCAGCCCUCGAACAGUCAAAGGCUAGUAGAAGCCAGUUGAUGGCGCUACAGACAAGCCUGACUUUGCCGUUAACGCGCAUGUUCAGGAGCCCAGAGGAGAUGGCCAUGGAGCUCAUACCUUACGUCUUGCGUAUGUUAACUCCCGACGUAAAACCCGUCCUCGUCAACACUGGUGCAUCAGGAGCAAAGUCAUUCGCUACCGCCUCUGUGCGCAAGGCUUCGGAGAAAGAGCUUGUCAAGAAGGCUGUAGAAGCCAUGGCAGCUACUGGUGUUCGAUUCGAAAAGUCACGAAUCGAAACCGAGGACGUGGCAAACAGAAGUGCUGGCUUCGUCUGGCGAAUGGAACCUGCUUUAGACGUCUUAGCAACCUUUGAGACGCUGGCUGGCAAGAAGGACGACAAGGGACGUUAUGCAGUUCGCAGCGUCUUGGAGCAAGAAUGGCGCAAAGAGUCGGCCCUCCGUGAACAAGCGAAUCGCAAACGUCGUGGUGGUCAAGACGAAAACGACGAAGAAACAGAGGCUGACAAAAAGGAAGAGCAGACUACUGAAGAGAAGGUUGCAGAAGCCAACAAGAAGGCCGUAAAACGUGACUUCUUUGGUAGGGUGGUUGUCGAAACAGACAAGAGUAGGAAAGAGGCGAAGAGGAAGCAGGAUAGUGGGGAGAUGCAGGGUAAUGUAGGGAGGAUAUGGGUAUCCUUCCACGAAGGAUUCUCGAAUGCGGUGAGGAAACCUGUUACCAUUGACGAUAUCAUGAGGGAUCUCUAG